AUGAGCAUUAGGACCCUGGAGGACUGGUUUGGGGCUAUCGAACGCGGAGAUCUGCGUCGUGUCCAGGACCACCUGGACGUCUUCGGUGAUAGUGUCGAUAGGGACGGAGAAACAGGCCUUAUGAAGGCCGUGAGAAGCAACAACGUGGACAUCGCUAGACUCCUUAUUUCAAAAUGCGCUGGCCAGACGAAUGAGAAUGGACUGACCGCGCUGAUGAUAGCGGCCCUGGAGAAUAAGGGCGAGAUGUGCAGCCGUCUCGUUAUGGACGAGAACGACAUCACCACAAAGGAGCAGCAGACGGCGCUUAUGCUCGCUGCUGGAGCCGGUGCCACAGAUGCCGUUCAGGCUCUUUUGCCCUACCAGAAGGGUAGGCGCGACGCUCGAGGCAGGACCGCCUUGAUGUAUGCUGCAGAGGCGGGGCAUCUGGUGAUCGCAGAAGCUCUUCUGCCCCGGGAGAAAGCCAUGAUCUCGCACGAUGAGAAGACAGCGCUUAUUCUUGCUGCAGAGAAUUGCCACACUGAGGUGGUUGGGCUGCUCACCCAGCACGAGUCGUCGCUGCUUCCUGACGCCACUAGACAGGUUUUCCUCAAUUAUUCCGAAUCUGAGCACGUCAAUCUCGAUGUCAAUAUGCAGCUCAUAGACGUCAUGCGUAGCUCAUCUAACUCUUUAGUCCCUCCAAAGACUGCCCUUGAGACAGAGCUGGAGGCUAGAAUUAGGCAGCUCGAGAUGCGCCUUGUGACGCUCCAUGAUCAGUCUUCUGUGGUGCUUGGUGAGAAUCUGGGGCUGCACAAGACCAUCGGCUCUUUACAAGAGAACAUAACCACAUUUAAGCUACAGAUUGACGGUUUACUUGCCGAAACGGCCGAUAAGAGUGCUAUCAUACAGAACUUGGAGCGUCGAUUGCAGGAGAUACGCAACUCUCCCAACGGACCUGCUGCAGCUGCAGCGAUGUUGGAUGCUGCUUCUAGCCUGUCUAACCUUCGGUCUGGUAAAGAUGACGCAGAGAGGUACGAUCGGAUUCUCGCGGACAAGGAUGCCGAGAUUUCUCGCCUUCAAGAUCUUCUGAAUGAGGCUGCUCGUGCGCUUCCGCCGCUGAGUCCUUAUGUUGACAACGGGCUUAAUGCGGACCUUGAGCAACUCCGGGCCCAGUUAUCGGACUAUAUAGCAGAUAACGCACAGAAAGACAAAACAAUCCAGCAGCUUCGCAGGGAGCUCCAGGAAGCACAACAGAACGCGCAGGUUGUUAACUUGGAUGACGCGAAAGGUGACGUGGCUAGGCUCCUUGCUGAACGCAGUGCACUGAAGAAGCGCAUCGAAGAUUUAGAGGGGAUUAACUCGUCACUUCAGCGCCAGUUGGACUUCAACACUGAAAAGCUCCACGAGAAGGAUGCUGAGAUCAAUGAGCUUGAUACGCGCUGCCGUGAAUACGCCGGAGAAAUCCAGUCUCUUUCCAAGCAGCUUGUAGACGCCGAAGAGCGUGCAGCCGAGGAGAUUGCUGCUCUGCAUGAUAAGCUCAUUAGCAAGGAUGCCGAAAUAUCGAACCUCUCUGAUGAACUUCAGGCUGCGCGAGCCAUUGCUGAGGCCAAGCUUGCUGCCGCGGAGGGCAUGGUGGAGCAGCUUCAGAAGAGAGUGCAUGAUCUUGAGAAUGAUCUCAUAGCUCUUCAGGUGGGAGGAAGCAACACUAGGGCAAGCCCAGAACAGGAUGAAGAUGCAAAGCGCAAACUCCAAGCCGAGAUCGACAGACUCAAAGAGUUGGCUGAUCUCCGCGAAGAAGAGGCUGCUGGACUUCGUAAGGAGGUGGGUGAUCUUACGGAUGAGUGCGAGAAGCUGCGCAAUGCGUUUCUCAAUGCCCCCACAACGCGCACCGUUAUCGAUGAAGCAUCGAGCACUGAUGCCAAGGUAGCCCACUUGCUUGAGCAGCUUGAUGAUGCUAGUGCGCGCAUCAGGGACCUUGAGAACGCGCAUGCCGGAAAGGAUGAGGUUAUCAAGACUCUGCGUAAGCAACUGGUUGGAAAGGCUACUGACCCAGAGAUGGCUAACCAGCUCCUUAGGAAGGAAGAAGAGCUAGGAGACUUCAAGGCAAGACUUGCUGAUGCAAUAAGGGAAAUCUCAGACCUGCGCAGCAGCGCUCGUGACGCUGAGGAUCUUCAGCAGGCGCUCGACAAAGCAACAACUGAUUACGCAAAACUUAUGGAGGACUUCGAUGAACGCGAGCAAGAGAUCAAGCGUCUCCGUGACGAAUUGCGUGAUGCAGAAGAUGCAGACGAACUUAAGAACCAGAUCCUUUGUCGGGACGCCGAGAUCACAGACCUCAAGAAUGACCUUGCUGAGAAGGAGGACACCAUCACAAGCCUUCAGAACCAGCUCAGCGUACAGCCCACCACGAGCACCAUCGUUGAGGAGGGUGGAAGCGAUAUGGAAGAUGCGGCAACAAUCAAGGAGCUUCAGAGCGAGAACCAGUUCCUUCGCGAGGCUCUAGAGUCAGAAAGGCAGACGAAUUCUGAAAAAGAUAAAGAAAUCCAAGGAAUGGACACAGAGCUCGCCAGGCUCAGGCUCCGCCUCGAUGAGAGCCUCCCCGCUCUCGACACCUUGCGCAGUGAGGUGGAGCUUCUCAAGUCCACCAUGGAGGACAAGGACAGGGAAAUUGUCGAUCUCAAGAAUACCCUCGAUGAGCGCGCGACAGAUGUUCCAAUCGAGACUGUUGAUGCUCUCAACGCCAUGCUGGAGGACAUUAAUCAAGAGCUUGCCGUCUCGAAGCAGGAAGUCGAGCGCCUCAAGGACCAGCUUGACGACAAAGAGAAGAACAUGGCUGACAUGCGUCUCAAGGAGCGUCAAAAGGAGGCCGAGCUGGACGAACUCUCGAACAUGAUUCAGGCCAGUAUGGUUGGGCCGGACAAGGCUGCGGAAAUGACUGCCUUGCAGGAUGAAAUCCGUAGCCUUCACAACAAGCUUGCAGCCAAUGAGUCAGAGAUAGAGCAGACAAAGGACGAUUUACUAAAGAAGCAAGAGGAGAUGGAAAGACAGGCAGCUGCCAUAUCGUACUACCAACAAUUGGUGGAAGACCUACGUGCUGGAAUAGCCACAUUAGACGACAACCUAGCGUCUAUUCAGCCACAAUAA